GUAACAAAGAUGAUUUUAAUUUCAUUUUAUAUCUGCUAAAAUAAAAAUAGUUUAAUAUUAUAUAUCUCCAAUUAAAAAAUUUGUCUAGUUAGUUAGAGUCAGAAUGAAUGGAGUGUUUAUAUCUCAUAAGAACUUCAGUUUGUUUUGGAUUUGCGAACUGUGCUGCACAGUCGGUUUGCUCUGUACUGUGCAGCAGGACUAUUGCACGGAGCUUUCAAAGAAGUCGUUGAGCAUGAUUCUGGGUCAAGCUUUUAAUCCUCGAUAUAUGAGUAUUGAUCCACCAAAAAGUGGAAGCAACGAGAAUACUCAAAAUUUGGGAUCGAAGCGAUCUGUUUUGGAUGUACCUUUCUAUGCCGAUAAUAAUGUUGUUUCAUUGGGAAGUUUUCCCGCAUGGGAGACAAAUCACUUCUCUUACUUUGCCAAAAAGGAAGAGGACUCGUUGAAAAGAAAAACAAUAAAUACAAGAAAUGUCUUUAUGGAACAAAGCGGACAUGGAAAACCUGAAGUAUUCAAAACCCGACCCUGGGAAUGCUCUUCAAUAAUAAACUGGAUCGAUCUGGGCUUAAAUUACUUUCCACGUUACAUUCGUUCCAUUGAAUGCAUAGCAAAAAAAUGCUGGUACGGACACUUUAAAUGCAAGCCCAAAUCAUUCACCAUCAAAGUGCUGCGUCGUAAGCCGGGUUCAUGCAUUCAUAUAAGCGAAAAAUUAAUUCUCAUAACUACGGAUGAAUACAUUAACGAUUACACUCAACUCUGGAUUUGGGAAGAAAUCGCCGUUAAUUUUUGCUGUGAAUGCGUGAUGUUAUACUAA